AUGUCCAUCAACACGAUCACCCUCAGUCCAGAACGCCGGCCGCUCCCGACGCCCGACGAGAUGAGCAUCCGCGAUCUGAGCAACAUCGAAUACAUCCUCUCCCUCUCCGAGCCGGGAAAAAAGCUCGACGGCCGUGGCCACGUCUACCUCAGCGACAGCAGGGUCGUCAUCGUCGCCGACGCCGUGGGCGCCGACGGCUUCGAGACGCUCGCCGUCCCGCUCACCUCGCUCGCGGGCGUCCGCGCGGACCCCCCGAAGCUGCUCUCGUCCUCGCCGCGCGUGACGCUCGACGUCGCGCCGCCGCCGGCGCGCGUCGAGGGCAGGUACGGCUGGUGCGUGCGCGCGGAGCUGCGCGGGUCCAAGGCCGAGCUCCCGGGCUUCGCCGCCGCGCUCGAUAAGACGUACGAGCGCGUGGCCGCGCAGGCGAAGGCGAAGGGCACGGGCGAGGACGAGUUCGACCUGCCCCUCUACGCCGCGGCGGGCCCGAGCGGGAGUGGGAGCGGAAGUGGGCCGUCGACGUCGGACGUCCCGUCGGACGCGCCGCCUGGGUACGAGCCGUAA